UCAUGGCCGGCGCGCAGCGGGCGCGCCCCGCCGCUGCGGCGUUGGGCCCCUCCGCGCGGCGGCGCGACAUGCGUUGACAGAUGUAUUUAAAGCGGCCGGCGGGCGGCAUCGCCUUCUGCCUCUUCUACGUGGCCUCCUGCUUCACCAACAAGUACGUCCUGUCUGUCCUGAAAUUCACCUACCCUACCCUUUUUCAAGGAUGGCAAACAUUAGUUGGUGGACUUCUGCUGCAUGUCUCCUGGAAGCUGGGAUGGGUGGAGAUAAACUUAUGUUCAAGGUCUGAUGUCCUGUCAUGGCUUCCUGCUUCAGCACUUUUUGUGGGCGUUAUUUACGCUGGCUCCAGGGCACUGUCUAGAUUGCCAAUUCCGAUGUUCCUUACAGUACACAAUGCAGCAGAAGUUAUAACCUGUGGGUUCCAGAAGUUUGUGCAGAAAGAGCAGACAUCUCUUCUGAAAGUCUGUAGUGCAUUGUUUCUUCUGGUAGCAGCAGUAUGCCUUCCUUUAUGUGACACCCAGUUUGAUCCAAAUGGUUAUUUAUGGGCUUUUAUUCACUUGGUCUGUCUUGGGACUUACAAAGUAUUUCACAAGUUAUGGAAACCUAGCUCUCUAAGUGACCUGGACCAGCAGUACAUCAACUAUAUAUUCAGUGUGAUGCUGUUGGCCUCUGCAUCCCAUCCAGCAGGUGAUCUCUUCAGUGCCUUGGACUUUCCAUUCCUGUACUUCUACAGAUUUCAUAGCAGCUGCUGUGCUAGUGGACUGUUGGGAUUCUUUCUGAUGUUGCACUCAGUGAAACUAAAAAACAGCACAACCUCAGGGCAAUAUGCAGCAUGGAGUUUCCUUGCAAAGGUUAUCACUGCUAGCUUAUCACCGUUCUUCUUUAUCAUGACAGCCAAUGUACUAACAAUUUCUUGCCUUGUGAUCGGUGGAGUUGGAGAAGCUUUGCUUGUUUAUACUGAACGGACGGGCACAUAAAGAGGAACCGUAUCUCACCAGCUGGAAAAGAGCUGACUUGCAGCUUAAAUUCUAGUAUGCAGUGGCAAGAAUGAUGAAAUGCAACCAAACACAAGGAAAGAGACUCACUGUUUUUUUAUUAUUAUUAUUAUUUUAUUAAGAAGGGGAAAAUACGCUAUUAAUAGUGCUGGUAAGAGAACAGCAUAGUUGGUAGGUUGACUAGGAGGCUUUGCCUCAAAGCACAAGACAAAAGCUAUUUCUGAUUGAUGAAGUAAAGGAAAAACUACACUAUCUCAUUCUGAUGGCUCUGUGUGAGAACCUCUCAGUAGCAGCUUCUUGCACAGGGAUCUGAACUCAGGAAAAGCAGCAUUCCUCACUGGAUACCCUCAUUUUUUGUUGGAGGCUGACAGCAGGUUGUACCAAGCAAUGUCAGAAUCUAGAUCCUGCCAUGAAUUGAGUGUCAGGAAGCAAGGAUUUUGUUCCCAGCGGUUCUGUAGCAGCAACCUACCACGCACAGUUCUCUAGUCACGUUGUCUGAACUACCACGAUGACUGAGGCCGUGGAACUUCUGAAGAUAGUUCCCUUCUGCGAUUGUGGCAGAUUGACAGCUUUGCUGAGUGGGGAAAUGAGCAAUAAAUCUCAUUGUCUGUA